CUCACCACCAAGAGUUCGGGAGGGAGCCAGCUUAGCCGAGCAGUGUAUUGGUUUUGGGACAAGGAAAGAGUGAAUUGCUGUAAAGAAUAUACACCACAGAGACCGCCUUCUUUAUGAUUUCCGGGUUCUUUUUGUUUAAUUUGAAAGGUGAAACACUCAUUUGUCGAACAUUUCGUCAUGAAUUGAAACGUUCUGUUACAGAUAUUUUUCGCGUCCAAGUGAUUUCCAACACAGAGAUUCGGUCCCCCAUUGUAACAAUCGGUUCGAACGCUUAUUUCUUCAUAAAACACAAUAAUCUUUACGUUGUCGCUAUUUGCAAAGGAAAUGUUAACACGGCACUUGUUCUCGAGUUUAUUGAUGAGUUUAUUCAAUUGUGCUCCCGGUACUUCGGAAAGCUUAAUGAAAGCUCUGUAAAGGAUAAUUUUAUAUUCAUCUACGAGCUCCUUGAUGAGCUAAUUGAUUUUGGCGUGCCUCAGACAACCGAAAUGAGUGCUCUGAAAUCAUAUCUGUCUACGGAAGGCAUUAAGUCGAAAGGUGGACCUAGCUCCAGUUCAGAAAAGACGACGUCGCAGCGUGUUACCGCACAGCUUACUGGUGCUAUUUCAUGGAGGGGUGCUGAUGUUAAGCAUAGAAAAAACACCAUAUAUGUGGACGUUAUUGAAAAUAUGAACUUGCUUAUUGGAACCACGGGCAAUGUGCUAAGAGCAGAUGUUUCCGGUGUCAUUAAUCUUCGUACCAUGCUCAACGGAAUGCCAGAAUGUGAAUUGGGUCUUAACGACAAAUUGAGUUUUGAUCUUAAGGGUCAUGAAAGAGGUUACGAUUCUAAAAAAUCAUUCGAAGGAGGUGUGCAUUUGGAAGACUGUCAAUUCCAUCAAUGUGUGCGCUUACAGCAAUUCGAGGAUGAAAGAAAAAUUGUUUUCAUUCCUCCGGACGGGAACUUCGAAUUGAUGAAAUAUCGCGCGCGCGAGAAUAUACAUAUUCCCUUUCGUGUAAACCCCAUCGUUGAACAGGUAUCUAAAAACAAAGUUGUCUAUCGCAUUUCUAUUCGUUCUAGUUUUAGUUCGAAGCUAGCCUCCUCUGUUAGUGUUUGUGUUCCCGUUCCCCUCAAUGCAACAAAAGUUUCCGUGAGGUCCUCCCAAGGCAAAUCUAAAUAUAAGCCUUCAGAAAAUUGCAUUCAUUGGAAACUCGCUCGGUUUAUGGGACAAACAGAGCAUGUUCUGUCCGCUGAAGCAGAGCUUUCCCAUACAACCGUUCAACAGCAAUGGUCCAGACCACCCAUUUCACUCGAUUUCAACAUUCUCAUGUUUACCAGUUCUGGUACCGUCGUGCGUUACUUAAAGGUGUACGAUUACGAUAAUCCCAAGUACAAAAGCAUAAAAUGGGUUCGUUAUUCAACCCGUGCUGGCAGUUAUGAGAUUCGGAUUUAAUGUAGUUAUAAUAUUUAUAGGUAAGAAAACUAUAAUAGAGUCAUUCAUCAUAAACAAUUGUAAUUAUUUUCAUGGGAACAUAACUGUUCGAUAU